GUGAAGGAACAAUUUGAAUAGAUGACCCAGUACCAUAUUUCUCCUAACUUCCCAUGCCUCUUGUGUGCAUAGCGUAUGCUCAUAACAACAUAGGCAAUGGACACCUGGGAUUAAUACGACUUGCAUGACUGGAGAAUAUGCCCAGACAACAUGUUUCGAAGACUCUCCCAUUUCAGGAGGAAAGACCGCGACGAAAAUCGCGUACCACGGUUUCAUCGAACCGCGUCUGAGCCUCAAAGUUCUAAUCCAAGCCCAUCCGGUGUUUCGGAGCCAAUUCGUGAAAAUCAAGUCGAGUCUAGAGCGAGUCUUCAUUCAUCCGCACCUGUAAGAGUUGCCAAUGGUGAUCUUAACUCUCGAAGACACAGCGAAACCGAAGCUGGACCACUUGGUCUGACUGUGGUAUAUACCCCCGAAAAUGCUCACAAGGCAGACAUCGUCUUUAUACAUGGACUUGGGGGGACUAGUCGGUGGACAUGGUCGAAAAACAAAGAUCCAGAUCUAUUCUGGCCACUGACAUUCCUACCUCUUGAGCCAGAUCUUUGCUUAGCUAGAAUACUAACCUUUGGUUACAAUGCCAAUUUUCGCAAAUCUGGGAAUAUUGGCACUUCGGUGCUAGACUUUGCCAAGGAUCUUCUUUUCGAUCUCAAAUUUGCGAAAGACGAUCACAAAGAAGACUUGCGCAUGGGAAGUGUACCGCUGAUAUUCGUUGUUCACAGUAUGGGAGGGCUCAUAGUUAAGGAGGCAUACAUGCAAGGUCAGAACGAUCCCGAAUACGAGUCCAUCAUCAAGGCCAUUUCCGCAAUUACCUUCCUUGCCACGCCGCACCGCGGGACACAUCUUGCCGAGACAUUAAACCGUAUCUUACAGACGGCAAUGAUCACAAAUUCGAAGCAGUAUAUAUCUGACCUUGCGAAGAAUUCUUUCACCUUGCAAAAGCUUAAUGAGCAAUUCCGGCAUAUUGCGCCUCGGCUGGAUAUUGUUUCUUUCUAUGAAACCCAACCCACUGCUAUUACUUCGAAGAGCCCCCGAAUAAUGGUAUUGGAGAAAGACUCCUCCGUACUUGGAUAUCCUGGGGAAACCUCUAAAGCACUAAACGCAGACCACCACGGGGUAUGCAAGUACGAAAGCCCCAGGGAUCCCAACUAUAUCACUGUUAGGAAUGUACUUAAGUCACUCCUCAGCAAGAUCAUAUCAACAAGUAAUUCGAGAAAGCCAGGCCCAUCAAGUAGAAGAGAAUCGCAUGAUCUAAGGUCUUUCUUAGUCAUUACGGAGAUACCAGCCAUAGACUACAGUUUCUUCCGAGACCAAUGGGUACGAGGCACUUGCGAAUGGGUCCUCCAAGAUAAAGAUUUCAUCGAAUGGUAUCAGGUAUCUGAACCGACAUCCUCGCUCUUAUGGUUGAGCGGAGGGGCUGCAACUGGGAAGUCAGUGUUGUCCUCCUUUAUUAUCAACUACCUGGUGGAGCGAGACGCCUGCUGUCAAUAUUACUUCAUAAGAUUUGGCGAUCAGAAGAAACGGACCCUAAGUUCGUUGCUACGUUCAAUCGCUUACCAGAUAGCUUUGACGAUCCCGAGCUUUUUACAGAGACUCCUCGAGCUUACCGACGAAGCCGUUGAUUACGAAACCGCAGAUCCAAGGACUAUCUGGGAGCGUCUCUUUAAAUCCAUACUAUUCAACAUGGAAGACCAAAAGCCCCUAUACUGGGUGAUAGAUGGCCUAGACGAGGCGCACGAUCCUCGCGCGAUCAUCAAACUCCUAUCUGACGUCGCUUUCUCUUCAAUCCCGCUUCGCAUCGUCCUCGUAAGUCGUAGAAUUUCGGAAAUAGAAUCUGCCUUUCAAAAAGUAUCCAACUCUUUGAGAUCGAGAACAAUAAACAUUGAGGGUCACUUGGAAGAUCUACGGUGCUAUGUGCGGCAGGAACUAAGUAUGUCCGGUGGUUCAGAGUUCAAAGAAAAUAUUAUACAAAGGAUUGUGGAGGGGUCUCAGAAUAAUUUCCUUUGGGUACGACUCGCUGUUAGCAAGCUGAAUCUAUGUCAUAGACUCGCAGACGUUGAGAUCGCACUUCAAGAAUUGCCAGUCGGUAUGGAAGCACUUUACGAUCGCAUGGCAUCGUCGAUUGCCCAAAGGCCAUCCCCGACGGAUAGGUCAUUAGCAUCAAGUAUGCUACAGUGCAUUGCUUGUUCGUUCCGCGGAUUGACGGUCACAGAGUUAUCGCAGGCCUUAGACGAAGACAUAUCCGAGAUAUUGGACUUUGAAAGAUCUAUUGUAGACCUAUGUGGCGGAUUUGUAGCCGUUGAUAACGGCGGGAACGUUGUGAUGAUACACCAAACUGCACGCGAAUACUUGUUGAGCGACAAUGGCCAUCCUUUCAGCAUCGAUCCCCAGGAGGCCCACGAACGCAUGUUCAAGAGCUGUAUGAAGUGUCUUAUGACCAUUGGCCUUCGAGCAAAGGUGAACCGAAACCAAAAGCCCGAGUUUAUUGAUUACGCCUCAACUUAUUGGUCAUCACACUUAAUGUCAACAUCCUUCGAUUCUGAACAAGUCGGAAAGGUUCUUAAGAAAUUUUUGACCAGCCACUGGGUUCUGACAUGGAUACAUAUCCUUGCGUCAAAUAACCAACAGCGAAUACUUAUUCAAGCGUCGAGGAAUCUUUCGAAAUAUUGUCUUAGGCAACGGCGUUAUUACGCACUACAAACAGACAGAGGACAACAAAUCGUGGAACGAGAGCUUCUUGAAAGUUGGUCCAUAGAUUUUGUCAAGUUAGUAGGGAAGUUCGGUAUCCAUUUACGCCGAGAUCCAGAGUCGAUAUACAAACUUAUUCCACCUUUCUGCCCUCGAAGCUCCUCGGUCUACCAGUUCUUCGGGAAGGCAGAGGUAAAAAACAUUGCCGUAUCAGGCAUAUCUACCGAGAACUGGGAUGAUUCCCUUGCGCGCAUAUCACCCAGGUCUGGCAGCUAUGCAUCGUCUAUCUCGGCCUCUGGGAACCUGGUUUGUAUCCUUGCUUCGCCAGGACAUGUAUAUAUGUACGACUGUUCAACUUUUGAAGAAACGCCGUCCUCUCCCAUCCAACACGGUGAACGUUUAUACCGAAUGGAACUCAACAGCACUGCCAGCCUGCUAGUUACCUAUGGCUAUACAACGAUUAAAGUGUGGGAGACUUCGAGUGGAAAAUGCAAGUUUUCAGUUAAUAACAUCCCUUCAAAACCUCGACCACUUUCCAUACGCUUCAUAAGAAAUAGCACCAGCAUCCUCAUCGGCAGCGAAGAUCGACGGAUACGAUCCUUCGACUUGAGCGACGAAUCUUCAGACUUGGAGCUUGUAGCGGAACUAGAAGAACCGGAGCUUGAGGGACACUUUUUAAAUUCAUCCAACUACAUGGCUUUGAAUAAUGACGGGACGCUAAUAGCUGUCGCCUAUCGAGGUCAUCCGCUUUCUGCGUGGGAGAUAGAUGGGCCUGUCCAUAUCGGGCAUUGUUGGAGGACUCGCGAAGAGGCUGCGAGAGGUGAAGUCAUCGAUGCCGUCUGGCACCCGCACUCCCCCGAAAUACUAGGUCUGUACAUCGAAGGAGUUGUUUUCAAAUGGCGUCCUUAUGAUGGUGCGGUUAUUGAGAUGCCAACAGGAGCAUCUAGAUUAGCAAUCAGCGGGGAUGGUAACCUGCUCGCCACCGGUGACGCACAUGGAACUGUGAAAGUUCACACCACAUCCGACCUUGGAUUGCUCUAUCAGUUGACCUCUCAAGAUACUGUCCUAGGACUGACAUUCAGUCCUGACCAUCGGCGCUUUUACGAUAUAAGGGGGUACUACGGGAAUGCAUGGGAGCCGAAUGCGCUGAUGAAGUUUUCGGAUCAGACGGAAGGUAAUAUAGAUGGUGGAAGUGAGACCGAGAGUCUCAACCAUAGCCUGUCAAUGUACUCUAACUCGACUAAGAAAGUUGACUCCAUCACGGUAUUGGCGGCAGCACCAACCGGACGCUUAUAUAGUUACGGUACGGAGACCGGAGCAGUACAUAUAGUCGACUUGCACAAGGAAAAAGAUAUCGACGUUCAUGCGAAGAAGGGAUUUUUAAGUAUAGAGCAAAUGAGUUGGAGCCAAAAUGGGCGGUAUAUGUGCUUUGCCGACUCCAGUAAAAAGGUUUACAUUAAGUCAAUCACCCCGGGCACAAGCACUUCGGAACCAGUUGCGGAAACCAAAGCGGAGAUCUCGAUGAAGACUAUUGCGAAAGGCCCCAUAACACAAUUACUUUUCCAACCCAACUCCAAGAGUCUCUUGGUUCUCACGUCCAAGUCAGCACACACAAUCUCGAUCGAAACAUUAACAGUUAUCCAAUCGGUGGAACUAGAUGCGCCUGACUGCAGGUGGAUUGCACAUCCGGAAGACAUGAAGCUAGUUGUGGGGUUCGGGAAUAGGCGGAUACAAAUUACCACCUGGGACCUAAUUCAAGUCCAGGCUUAUGCGACUAACUUAGGAGAUCAUGCUGUUGUGAACAGAGUUCUUGCUACCCAGGAUAAAAUGCACUUGCUCGUUCAGACGUCUUCUGAAGCCCAUAACUCAAAGGAGAAGGAAUUGCAUUAUUUCAAGAGUUCUGACCUAGGAGUAUUAUCGGAAUCGACAACAACGAUUAUCCCGAAGACGUUCCCUCGAGAUAUAUCAUCCGAAGUCGCCCUUCCGCUUGCGUUUCGUGCCCAGGAUCGCCUCAUAUAUCUCUCUGGCAACUUUUCGGUCUGUUCCUGGAGGCUUUCUUCUGAUCCGAACACACAUAACAUCCUCAUGCCAAGCAAUCAUACGACUCCUACAGAAUCACCAGGAACCCAUAAUCGCCACCAAUCUAAUAAUUCUAUCGCAAACCAAUCUAGAGAAAUCUUCGUACUUCCGGGAGAUUGGGUUAAUAGGGACUGUCUGUCCUUAUGUACCGUCUGGGGUGCAGAGCGAUCUUUCCUAUGUCCAAGGAACGGGGAGGUGGCCGUUGUCAGGUGCCGGGACUUAAUCUAACCCCUCUGCCAGUAUCGCACAGCAAACAGCAUCAUUUGCCGAUAACACUCUUUUUUUCUUCUUUUUUUUUUUAAAAAAAAAAACAUACUACGAUGAAUCUGAGGCUAUCCUCCAUUGUCGCCAUUGCGUCCCUUUCUGAUAGUCCACUAAAAAGAGG